CUAAUGCGGCAUAAUCGAAUACCGGAUGCACUUUGGCGAUUUGCGAAUAACAUUUUACAAAAACUUUCGUCGUCGUCGUCGUCGUCGUCGUCGUCGAACGAGCUGGGCGUGUUUCCGACGGCGCUUAAGCUCACCGCCGACAGGUGUGGGCUUUACAGGUGUUGGGCCUCCUGGCUGAUAAGAAACGCGCCCGUGACGUCAGAUUGGCGGGUAGAGUAUAUGAGUCGACGCCGUGGGACGUCCACGUCACUCGUUCUUGAACUCCUCCUUCGUCCGUUCAUUCCGCCGUUCAAUUCAAGUUUGCCGCGAAUUUUUGUCGUAUCGCCACUCGCGAUCGGCGUUCCGCCGAUAUCGCGCCGAUUUAUCGUAGUCGGACCGAAUUGCGGUUCCGAAGAUUUGCCAGCCGAGGAAGGCCAAGGAAACUUUCGCGGCAGCGCGGAGAUGGAUCGCGGAUUUUCGCAGUUGGACGACGACGGUUUUACGGCAGUCUUUGCGAGUCUCCUCAAAAAUAAUUCGUCAGUGAAGAUAAGAUUUCGUCGUAUGAACGUUGGCAUAAACGCGAUUAGUUGCAUACGGUAUAUUACAUCACCGAUUGAAAAUUUUAGCGGUGAUCGUAUCGUACCUAGUAUAGCGGAAUCAUUUCGAUAAUAUAUCGCAUUGAGAUAAUAAUACAUAGAUCGCUCACUUUUUAAUUAACACAGGUGUCGUCGAUUCGACUAUGUUCGUUUAUUAAUCGUGUAACUUGGUCAUUUUCGAUCGUAUAUAACGAUAUACAAGUAAUCGUUUCGAGCUCUGCAACGGGAGGAGACGUCGUCUACGUCGUCUACCGCCUUAUUCGGUAUCGGUUGGUACCGAAAGGAAAAACAAUAUAAUGCCGACUGCGAAUGAAGACCAAGAUCGAUUAUGUAAUAGUACGUUAUGUUUCGUGUAAACCACCGGAGAGGACGUGCAGCCACUUGUAAAUUAACCCGGUGUGUUGUAAUUAAUGCGGCUAGCCCCCCAGACUAUGUACUCGUAUUAUACAUGUAUAUACAUCGUCGUACAUGUAUGUUUGAGGCGCGAGGAUGAGUGAGGAGUUACGUUUGUACGCGUAAUUUAUUAAAAUUUACUACUCGGGGGAAUUAUUGCCGAGGAUUUUUGGUAAUGCCGGAGUGACUCGCUUCGUUAUCGCCUUAUCGCAUCACUCGCUGAUAAGGUGCAAUCAGGCGGCUCUCAAAGACGCGCGCGCGUACGUUUCAUCGCGCGAUAUUAACUGUAUUAAGCGAUUGAAAAUCGGAGCUGAUUUUUCUGCUCUGAACGUUAUGCGAUUAAUAAUUUAUUAUAACUGGCAUUAAUGUAAACUUGACAAAAAUUUUUUUUCUACCUUGUAUAAAAUUUCUAUAAAAACUUGUAAAAUGAAGAAAUUUUAUUUUCCAUACUGAAUGUGUAUGGAACAACUGGAAUUAUUAGAAUCAAUAGUACACGAGAUGUUUAAAGAGUCCAAUUUAUAUAUAUAGAUUAGAGAUGGCACUCAUAACACACACACACACACACACACAUUAUCCCUCUUCUUACGCUUCUCCAGAGGUAAUUGCAUUAAAAAUGCAAAGAGUAAUUUUCAAAGUUUAACUGAAAUUUCAACACUUUUCGCGCUGCAAUCGCCGAAUUAACGACUGUUUAAGCAGUUGCUCGUAACCGCGCAGUGAAAAUGUCAUCUGAGUAAAUAGAACGCGGAACGAUCUCGCUCCAUCUCGGGAAUGUGUCGUUGCGACGCGACGCGACGUACCGUUCGUUUAUGUCAUACAGGUUUGUACAUGGAUUAGUUGAAGCACGUUAAUUACGAGUGACGCCAAGUUGGCACGACACCGGAAUCUUACGAAUACUUGGCCAUUUCAGAAAGAAUUGGCAAGAAUUAAAGGUACUAGCACAAUAUAUGUACAUAUAGCUCUCUGUUAUAGGGAAACGGUUAAACGGUGAAAGGGACCAUCGUCCGCGUCGCAAUAUUAUAAUAUUAAUUUAUAUUGAUAUUGAUUCAAUAUUUAAAUAUUCACUACGAUAGCGUUGUAGUUAUCGAGUUAUCGCGAUGAAAAACCGAGAGACAAUGUGUCGAAAGCGAUAGAAACUGCUACAAAAUUAUUACAAAAUUGUUCGAGUCUCUUAAAUCUUCCUUCUUUCUCACUUUUCAAUAUUAAACAAGUUAUACAUCUUGUAGGGAUUAAGUUCUAAUUUUACGAUUAAUUUUAAAGGGAACAUCGAACGCGCCGCGCCGCGCCGUGCCGCAUCGACUUGCAAUUUUUCGUGCUUCGCGGUGAAUCGUAGAGUAACGGGGGAAAAGAAAGAAAAAAAAAAGUGUUAACGAGUCGUGGCACGAGCUGGUAGCGGAGCAGUUAUGUUUGCGGUGCAAUCAGAUGGCGGCGCGCUAAAGAGGAAGAGGCUCCUCGCACCUUUCCGAUAACGAGCCGCGCGCCGCGCGCGCUAACUUGGAGGAGCACUCUUUUGCCUCUUUCAGGGGCUGCCUAGCUCUUUCUUCCUCGUAUCGCGAUCGCGCGGACUAGUUAUUGCUAUUGCGGAACGUUAAUAUUGCUCGCGGUGUAUUACAAAUAAAACAAAAAUAAUAAUUUGCAAAUGAAAAGAGAAGCUAGUCGUUUACAAAGAGCAAAUGCAGGCGGCACAGCACGUAUAUCAAAUGUUAAUAAUAACAUUGACAUGAGAAUCGAUUGAAUUAAAAAGAGAGAGGCACGAGAAUAAUUAUCAAGUAUACUUGAUACUUGUAAAAAAUUACAAUCACGGUUAUCGACUUGAAAAAAAAAAAAAAAAAAACGAAAAA